CACAUUUUUAAGCAGAUUCGGAUGAAUAGCCUGCAGGGUACUUUUCAGCAUAACGCUCUGGACAAGCUGUAGCUUACUCACAGAUUGUUUUAAGGAAAAGGGCUGGUUGUUUUCAUUAGUAGAAUGGCAGUUAGUUUAGGCCUAGAUGCGACUUGUAAAAGAAAUACAGGCUCUGACCUGGAGAAAGUUAAAGAAUGCAUCGCGGAAGCAUUGCAGCUCCUGAUGCAACACAGAGACUCGGUCAUAGAGAUCAGUGGUGCGUUGGAAUACAUUAGGCUUCGUAAAGCUGUGGAUGUGCAAGUCUGCAUUCACCUCCAGAAGGCAAACCAGUUCAUCACAGAUGCAAUACAGACUGGAGUCCAGCGGAACACGGCUCUGUGCAUGUCAAUUCAGGAAGAGACUGAGGGGCUGCAGGACAAGCCCACUGUUGUGACAAGGGAGGAUGAUGUGCUGCAUUGUCCAGUCAUUUGGCUUAAAGAAGAAAUGGAAGUGGACGAGACUGUUACUGAUGUUAAUGCUGUCACUGCUGACAAAGUUGAAGUUCAGCUGGAUGUUGCUGUUGUUGCUGUUGAAGUUGAUGAGACUGCAGCAAUUGCUGCUGCUUUUGCUUCUGCUGAUCAAGUGGAAGCUGCUGCUGCUGAUGAUGAUGGAUAUCAGCUUUUUCACUUUGGUGGAGUGGCCACCUCCAUACAGCAGACCUCCUCAUCUGAAGACGUCCCAGUUGGUGACCCCAUAGAUCUGACCUCAUCGGAAGACAUCUACGCUGAACUUUUGCAAGUACAUGAACAGGAUGGAGAAUCUGACGUGGCUCCAGCCCUGAGGUCUGAGGUGAUCGGUUCUUCUCCAGAUCUGGUGUCCCUAUUUCAGCUAAAGCGAUUAUCAGUGCGAUUGGUCGACUGCCGAACACUUCCAGGUCAAGAAGAAGCAUGCAGCAAAAACAAGAAAGAUGGAGGAAAACCCGAAACUGAGAAUCCUUACCAUUGUGGACAGUGUGGGAAAAGCUUUUCAAGGGCAGGCAGUCUAAAAGUUCAUCAGCGCAUUCACACAGGAGAGGAACCCUACCACUGUCAGACGUUUGAGAAAAGGUCUUCACGACCUCCGAAGACACCAGCGCAUUCAUACAGGAGAUAGGCCCCAUCUCUGCAAUCAGUGUGGGUAAAGUUUCUCACCUGCAGGAAAUCUAAAAAAAACACCAGCUCGUUCACACAGGAGAUAUGCCCUACCACUGCCAUAUCUGUGGGAAAGGCUUUUCCCGGGCUCCGAAGACAUCAAGUCAUUCACAUCAGAGAGAAGCCCUAAACUUUGAUAUGUGGCGAUAGUAAGAUUAGUCAAGAUGGGGCUAGUCGUGCCAGGCAAGACAGUUUCAAGUUCUACAAAAAUGUUUCAGUCAUUCACCAUUUCAUCACUUUGUUCCAGGAUUUGAACUUUUGUACCUAAAGAUAUGAUGUUUAAACACAUGGCUAUAACCUUUGAUUCACUGAAAUUUAGUUUCUGAAAAAGCUAAAAAUCAAUCAAUAAAUAAUAAUUUUACCAGAUGUAAAU